AUGGGUCGCUCUUCUGAAGUUCUUGUUCUUGUUCUUUUUGCAUGGUACCAGGUCAAGCGAACCGUCGGUAAAUGUACUGUGGUUGUGGACGAGAAAUGGCCGAAGUGCGAAGAGUCCGUGAAGAAGCUGAAGGAGUUAAGUGAGCUACCCCAAGUAAUCCCGACCCCAGCUCAAAAGAAGCCCGAUGAGUGGACCGUGGAAGGCAACGGAAGGCGGCUGAGGAGGAAGGUGUCUAUCCCAGACUUAGCAAGCGCGGCCACUGCGGCCACGCCCGCAACAAGUGGAGCUGCUGAGGCAAAACCUUCUCCGCCCUCAGGGCUGGGCGUUGUGUCCUGCGCAAGCCACGGGCCCGAAUGCCCAGAUCCGUCGACACCGUCCCAGGCAACCCAAGACAACAAGCAGCCGCUGUCGCCGAAUACGGAGAAAGUCAUGCUCCGAGCCCUGGAGCAGAAUCUCUUCGAGGAGGAGGAGGAGGACAUAUCCAAGCAACAACUUGUGGUUCCGGAGCCGGCUUCAUUCGCUGACAGUGACAGUAGUUCCACGGUGCGCAAGGUCCUGGAUACCGAUACGAUUGGCAAGCCAGAAGCACCCGAGAAAAAUGCAAACAUGACAAAAGACCAAGAUGGCACAAAAGAGAAAGACUCUUCGAAGAAGCACAAGAAAGACAAGAAGAAAGACAAGAAGGAGAAAGCUGAGAAGAAGGACAAAGCCGAGAAGAAGGACAAGGAAGGGAAGAAGGACAAAGAUGGGAAGAAGCAGAAGGAAGUGAAAAAGGAGAAGAAGGAGAAGAAGGAGAAGAAGGAGAAGAAGGAUGAGGAAGGCAAGAAGAAGAAGAAGAAGGAGAACGAAAAGAAAGACGACAGCAAGCAAACGGACCAAGACAAGGAGGCAGCUGCAAAGAAGCGGAAGCUUGCCGAGCCUGCCAAGACGGCAGCCCCAGAGCCUGCUGCGCCGAGUGGAGGGCGUGGCCGGGGUCGCGGCCGUGGCCGCGGCAGAGGCGGUGCUGUCGGGCAGGGCAACGAUGGCAGAACGGAAGGCAGGACAAGGGCGGCUUUGGCUAAGUUAGACACGACAAGCAGAAUGCCUCUGGCAAAGAUGUUCGCGUCCAUGAAGGUCGAAAAGAAGUAG